UGCUGAUACUACAAACCAGGAAGUGACAAGUAAUGUGCUUUAAACUACAAUACAACUUGUUUUUUAAUAAGGAAAACCUUCUUAUAACAAAAAUGGAAGAUUGAAGCAGUGAUUUAACAUAGUUGUCAUUAAAUAUUUGGAACUCUGCUCUGGGAUAAAGACUUUGCAGCAUAUCUAGAAUACAAAGCUUUCUGGGCCAGAAAUUGAUCUUCCGACUUUUGAGCCUUAUCUGAUUACUGCUUGGUUCAUCUUUAUUUUGUUAAAGUACUCUUGCAGGCUGAAACGGAGAGACUCUCCAUUGUUUGCAGCGCUUGACCAGACAGGAAUUCUGGCAGCUGCUCCAGCAGAACUAUGGCACUGAGCUAGGCUUAAAUGCUGAAGAGAUGGAAAGCUUGUCCCUGUCGAUUGAGGAUAAUGUGCAGCCAAGAAGUCCAGAAAGAAGCAGCUUGGAUGACUGUGGGGAGAGAGAUGAAAAAUUAUCCAAGUCUAUCAGUUUUACCCGUGAAUCAGUUAAUCGGAUUUCAGAAACAGAGUCAGUCGAUGGAAAUCUACCAAAAGCGGAGUCAGGGAAAGAGGAAGCCCAAAGUGAGAAACAGAUCAAAAAGAGUCCUUUACUAACCUCAGAAAAGAGAUUAAGUAGAGUGCCAUCAAAAUCACUCGACUUGAAUAAAAAUGAGUAUCUUUCUCUGGACAAAAGCAGCACUUCAGAUUCUGUUGAUGAAGAAAAUAUUUCUGAUAAAGACCUUCAUGGAAGACUUUAUAUCAACCGUGUUUUUCACAUCAGUGCUGAGAAAAUGUUUGAAUUGCUCUUCACCAGUUCACGUUUUAUGCAGAGAUUUACCAAUUCUAGAAACAUAAUAGAUGUUGUAUCUACGCCUUGGAAUGUGGAACCUGGAGGUGAUCAACUGAGAACCAUGACCUACACUAUAAUUCUUAAUAAUCCACUUACUGGGAAAUCCACUGCUGCCACUGAAAAGCAGACACUGUAUAAAGAAAGUCGGGAAGCACAAUUUUAUUUGGUAGACUCAGAAGUGCUGACGCACGAUGUCCCCUACCAUGACUACUUCUAUACCCUGAACAGAUACUACAUCAUUCCAUCCUCUAAACAGAAAUGCCGGCUGAGAAUUUCCACAGAUUUGAAAUAUCGAAAACAGCCAUGGGCCAUUGUCAAAUCUUUAAUUGAGAAGAAUUCCUGGAGUUCAUUGGAAGACUAUUUCAAACAGCUUGAAUCAGAUUUGUUAACAGAAGAAUCUAUGUUAAAUCAGUCUGUUGAAGAGCCUGGAAAACUUAGUGGCCUACGAAGGAGAAGGCGAACGUUCAACCGAACAGCAGAAACAGUUCCUAAACUUUCUUCUCAGCGUUCUUCUGGAGAUGGGGGUUUAGAUGCCAAAGGGGAUAUUACAGGAAAGAAAAAAGAAACAGAAAGUUAUAAUACUGCCCUUAUUGUGGUGAUGAGUAUUUUUUUGCUGUUGCUAGUUUUGUUGAAUGUGACACUGUUUCUGAAGCUGUCAAAGAUAGAAUAUGCUGCUCAGUCCUUUUACCGUCUCCACCUCCAAGAAGAGAAAUCUUUAAAUUUAGCCUCUGAUAUGGUGUCAAGAGCAGAAAACAGUCAAAAGCAUAAAGAUCAGGCCCAUCGUUUAAAAGGAGUGCUCCGAGACUCCAUUGUGAUGCUUGAAGAGUUGAAGAGCUCACUUAUUAUGCUUCAAAGAACCUUUGAUUUACUAAAUAAAAACAAGACCGGCAUGGCUGUGGAGAGCUAAUGAUCUUAAGGACUGCGAUUGGAGAGAUUCUUGGAGCUAAAAGAAAACAUCUGGGAGAAAACGAAAGGAUGAAGGAUUUUAAUUGUCAUAGAACAUUUCCAUGUUUUCUCAUUAUUGGUACCUAUGAACAUUCUUUUUAAUAACAUUUAUUUCAUAAUUAGUCUCCAAUGGCCUUAAGAAUCCAUACCUUCACUUCUUAUACAUAAUUCUAAGCUGUGAAUUUCUCCAGUGGAGCAUGGACUAUAUUGUGGAUUUGAAUGUCUGAUAUGAAAAGAAAAUGAGACAUUUGGCCUCAUUUUUACAUUGAGGUUUGAAGUUUGAUGCUUUAUCUGUUAGCACAGAAUCAGAAUGUGUCCAAUUGGCUACUUUCUGAGUUGAGAUACAUUCAAGAGGCUAAGGACAAUAUAAGAAGAAACCGCUAAACCAUUAUGAAUUUUGAAGGAUCAGUUUUCAGGCAUGUUACAUUUCUAUGUUUGCAUAGUGUAAAUGUUACAAUGACUUCAUUUAUUUAACAUGCAAAUUCAGUAGACCUUUUGACUUUGCACAUGGAUGAUACUUAUCUGAAAGGUUCUUCAGCCAUGUUUUAUCUUCAUGAAAGAAAUAGUUAUUUCUUAUUCAGGUAACUAUUAGAGGUGAGAUUAUCUUGCUUCUUCAUACAUGAAAUGAAUUGAAGAGUCAGUUUCAUAGGAUAUCAACACUCAAAAAUGAGGAACCAUGCUCUGAGUUUUAAAAUCCAGAAAAUUAGGUUAAAACCUCGGCAUUUAGUGAUCAAAUAAAUACUUGAACUAAGCUGGGCUUCAGUUUAGCAGCCUAACUUGUGGGGUAGUUUUCGGUAGCCACGUAUCCCCUCUUUUAUUCACUUAUGUGCGUGGCUUACUUUACUUAUUAAGUUUUAAGACACAAACUUUAUCUUUUUAAUAAAAACUUCUAGAUACAUUAUCUCACAAUAAAAGUGCACUGACUGAAAGUUUUAAGUCAGACAGAAGCUCUGGCUCUUUCAUAAAAAGGUUUUAGGCAUAUGUCUCAAUACAAGUGAUGCCUCUGGAACAAGAGAAAGUGCAGAAUAAUUUGUAUAUAUUCUUACUGUUUGAACAGCUAUUGUCUUUAAAUUUCUUUUUUUUCCCCAGAGUCACCACAACCACUUGGGAUUGCUAAAGUCAUUUUUGAGAUGCCUGUAGAGAGCGAAAGUAUUGACUCAAUUAGAGGGAAAGUAGGUUUCUCUGGGUGGCUCCCAACUCACCAACUUUGGGGAACCAGUGUACUUAUCUCGGUUGUUUUAUGAAGUGUCUGGCUGUGAGCAAGAGUGACUGAAUUAUAAACUUGAAAUGUUUUUCUCUUAAAUUCACAAAAAUUAUCAGUGAAAAGCUGAGUAUUUUUGAGAUGUUUCUUUAAAACUUGGACUUCAUAGCAUACCUCAAAGAAAAUGACCAAAGUUGCUAUAUAAAUUACGACUAAAUAUGCAUGUAGAAUUCAAUCAGUUGUACUUGAGUGUUAUAUAAAUUGAAUAUCGUUAA